AUGGAAUAUUAUAAUUCCAAAAAAAUAUGCGAUCUUUGUCCAUUAUUUCAUUUUGAUAGACCCAGUUGCACAAUAACAACAUGUAAUUUGCCCUUAUUAAACAUUGAAAAACAUAGAACUAAUCAACCAUAUCAUCCAAAAAUAGAAUCAAUUAAGGCUGUCAGAUUUAAACAACCUGUGAAUUCGCCUCAAUAUUGUGGUGAAUGGACAAAUUUAAUGUACCGCCCUAUUAUACAAGGAGGUUUUAGCUAUCGGGGAGUAUAUAAAUUAUUUCCUAUAGAUAUUCCACCAAAUUCUCCUGUAUUAUGUCGACCUACUUCUAUUCCACCUACCGAUUUCCGAGGAAUAACCGUAUAUUGUCGUCCAUAAUGUGGCAAUGUAUUUAAUUUAUUUAUUUAAUUUAAAUUUAAAUUAAAUAAAUGUAAAGUAUUUAUUAAUAAAAUAUUGGUUCGUUUCUGUAUUGAUA